AUGGCUACCAUCAAACACGGAAACGGAACUCUUGGGCUCGGAGCCCUCAGCAAGGACUCUGGUUUACACAAGGUCGAAAUCGGCCGUCCAGCGACUGGCCCCAACGACGUUGCUGUUGACAUUCAAUUUUGUGGAAUGUGCCACAGUGAUUUGCAUGCUACCAAUGGUGAGUGGGGAAUCGAAUCCUUCCCUUUGAUUCCAGGCCACGAAAUUGCCGGUGUUGUCAGAGAGGUUGGAAGCAAAGUUACCAAAUUCCAAGUCGGCGAUCGUGUCGGUGUCGGUUGCUUCGUCGAAUCUUGCUCUACUUGUGUGGAAUGCAAACGCGGUGAACAAAACAUUUGCCGAAAUGGAUGCUGUCAAACAUACAGCAGCAUGUAUCCUGAGGGCAAAGGGCACGAUGAGUGCGCUGGAUACCACACAAACGGUGGAUACAGUAGCAACAUCACCGUCAGAGAUGAAUUUGUCUUGAAACUUCCUGACAAUCUUGAAUCUCAUGCUGCCGCACCCCUUCUAUGUGCUGGUAUCACCAUGUUCAGCCCCUUGAACCGUCAUGUUCUCAAGGGUGGAAAAACCAGAGUUGGAGUUGUCGGCUUUGGAGGACUUGGCCAAACUGGAGUGAAAAUUGCCAAAGCCAUGGGCUGCGAGGUUACCGUGUUCUCUCGUAGCAACAGCAAGAAGGAAGCUGCUGAAAAGCUUGGUGCUAAGCUUGUAGCACACUCUGACGAAGAAGCACUGAAGGCCGCCGCUAAUUCGUUGGAGGUUAUUCUUGACACUGUCGCUGUCCCACACGAUGUCAACCCCAUCAUGGCAUGCUUGGAACCCGCUGGUGCCUAUGUUUGCAUUGGUGCUAUCCCUCAAGCUAUGGAAAUCUCUCCCUUUGCAUUGAUUGUAAAGAAUCUUCAGCUUGAAGGAUCUUUGGUUGGUGGAAUUCCAGAAACUCAACAAAUGUUGGAGUUCUGCAGCAAGCAUAAUAUUGCUCCAGACUACAAAGUUAUCAAGGCUUCCGAGGCUAAUGCUCAGUUCAAGGCAUUGCAAGAUGGAACUGCCGCAAUCGGUCGUGCUGUCAUUGAUAUGAGCACCUUGAAAGAUGUUAUGCUAACCACCGAGUCCACCAACGACCCACGUGUUCGUUAG